AGUUAAAGCGAAAUGCCGCACUUAUUUUGGCCUGCCAAUUUAUAUAUCACAGUACUCCGCUAUACAACGUACCUAUCGGCUACAAAUUAAAAGCAGUGUUAAACUGAACAAGUUCGCGCCAAAAUGUGCGUUUGAAUUUUGUGUCAAAAUUCCCCGCGUCACAUCGCGACAUUGUGUUUUGCCGGAUUUGGACUGUUGCCUUAACGAUGGAUUCCUGGGGCAUUUUAAAUGUGGAUUCUGUGGCCAUCAUAUCCCGUGAUGAUACGCAAGCUAGCUUUCGCAGGAAACAAGCUGUGGACUAACUGCUAACUAACAAAUGCUUUACCACGUCCUUACCUGACACGCGUUGAAGAUGCAGGACCAAGAUAUUAUUGUGCGACCUGUAAGGCCCGUAGCGCCCUUACGGAGGAAAAAGAGCCAAACGAUAGAAAAGCUACCAGACAAGGUGUUAUUGAACAUAUUCUCAUACCUGACGCACCGGGAGAUAUGUCGCAUGGCAACGGUGUGCAAGCGCUGGCGGAUGGUCGCAUACGACACGAAGCUGUGGACUCACGUGAGCUUGCGACCUGAGAUAUCUGGAUUGCACGUAGGAUCAUUGGAAUCCCUGCUGGCGCUAAUAUCCAUCAGGUUUGGACCAUCACUUCGCUACAUUGAACUACCUAUAGAGCUGAUCACUCACACGGUGCUCCACGAGCUAGCAGCAAAAUGUCCUAAUUUAACGCAUAUGCUAUUGGACUUCAGUACAGCCAUGCAACUGCAUGACUUCUCCGAGAUGCAGGCGUUCCCCACAAAAUUGAGAUAUCUCUGCAUCUGUCUCUCUGAGGUCAUCUUCAUGGAAGGUUUCAUGAGAAAAAUCUAUAAUUUCAUCAAUGGCUUGGAAAUUCUUCACUUAAUUGGCACAUACGAGAAGGUAGAAGAAGAAGAAGAAGAGAUAUACGAAGUCAUAAACGUGCACAAGUUGAAGUCUGCGACGCCGAACUUGCGCGUCAUCAACUUGUUUGGUAUAAACUUUGUGGACGACUCACAUAUCGACGCGUUCAGUUCUAAUUGUAUUCAGCUGGAAUGCCUUGCUGUGAACUACUGCAACAAGGUGACUGGUUCCACCAUGAAAACCCUGUUCCAGCGUUCGCGUAGACUCACUUGCCUUCUUAUGAAUGGAUGUAGUCUCCAGUCAGAGUACGUGAUGCAAGUGGAAUGGGAGAAGUCUUCCAUCCAAGAGCUGGAUGUGACCGCCACAGACCUCUCGACAGAAUGUCUUAUUGACAUGCUGAGCAGGAUUCAGAACUUGAGGUUCCUUAGCGCCGGACAGAUUAAUGGCUUUAAUGAUACUGUGCUGAAGGCCUGGCUAGAAGCCGGUACUACUAGGAGCCUGGUGGCGCUGGACGUGGACGCGUCGGACAACCUGUCGGACGAGGCGCUGCACCGCUUCGUGUGCCGCGCCGGGCCGCAGCUCGCCGGCCUCGCGCUCAGCGGCAUGCCGCACAUCACCGACCAGCUCUGGCAGAGCGUGCUGCACCUGCUCACCAACGCCAAGAUUCUGAUAAUGGGUACUCAAGAAAGAUUAGGCGUUAAUAUUCACGUGGACCAGCUAAUGGACGGUAUAGCAAACAGUUGUCCCAAUUUAGAACGAUUGGAACUGCGCUGGGACCCUGAGAACUUGCGUUUCAGCGAUAAGAGCCAAAAGGCUAUUGACAUCCUGCGAGUUAAGUGCCUCAAACUGAAGUGCCUCGUUCUGAGUGACGGUCGCUACUACGAGAUCGUGAAGGCGAACUUCGAGCGCGCGGACCGCACGACCGUCGUGCGCACGUCCACCAACUGCCGCGUCUCCAACUACUACCUCUUGUCCAAUUAUAAGGAUCUUAUAUUUAACUAAUAAAUCUAUUUAUUGCGA